UUUCUCCUUGUGAGGUUUAUCGGUCAAAGAAUCAAAGCCAGCUGUCGGCUCCAUAAACCCUACUUUCGCCCAAUAAACUGCCAUAAACCCUGAUUCCUCAAGUUUGGUGGCUUCUUGCUGGCAUAAGUCUGAGAUACACUCGCUCUGAUACCCAUUGUCCGGUCGCCUUUUCUAUUUCCAUUUACGUCGAGGUUACCGGAUGGACAUUGACAUGGGUGAAGAAGCUGAAGGAACGUCGAGGAAGAUCCAAGCGCGCUUCGUUACUAAGUUAAAACCACCUCUCAAAGUCCCAACCUCUGUCAUUUCCAUCCCCGCCAACCUUACUAGAUUUGGCCUCUCCUCCGUCAUUAAUAGUCUUCUUGAAGCCUCUGGUGAUCCUGAUUACAAACCAGAACCUUUUGAUAUUUUGAUCGAUGGCGAGUUGGUUCGGAUGUCACUUGAGGAGUUUUUGGUCGUCAAGGGAAUUUCAGUGGAAAAGAUAUUGGAAAUUGAAUACACAAAGGUAGUGGCCCCACGUAAGGAGGAAGAUCCUUCUUUGCAUGAUGAUUGGGUUAGUGCAGUUGAUGGUUCUUCGUCUAGGUUUUUCUUGACAGGAUGUUAUGAUGGUUUAGGGAGGGUUUGGAAAGGUGCUGGAUUAUGUACACAUAUAUUGGAGGGGCACACUGCUGCUAUUACUUCUGUUAGCAUUGUUGAUCACAAAGGUACAGGAACUUGCACCUUGGCAACUGCUUCAAAUGAUCGAACAUUAAGGCUAUGGAAGCUCAAUCUAGAUGAGGCCAAUAAACAUCCUGUGAGGAUUGGUGCUUUCAAAAUCUUGUGUGGUCAUAAAGAUACUGUGAAGAGUGUUGCAGCACAAACUUCUGGAGAAAUGAUUUGUUCUGGUUCUUGGGAUUCCACCAUCAAGUUGUGGCAAACUCACUUUGACGCUGAAGGUGAUGUGUCUAUUAAGAAGAGAAAAGUUAAAGAUGAAGUUGAGGAGUCUCAGUUAGAGGGGGAGGCUGUAUCUACACUUGCUGGCCACACCCAGCAUGUUUCUUCUGUGGUUUGGCCACAGCGAGACACAAUCUAUUCUGCAUCAUGGGAUCAUUCUGUUAGGAAAUGGGAUGUCGAGACUGGGAAAGACUCAUUAAAUAUAUUCUGUGGAAAGGCUCUCAACUGUCUCGAUAUUGGUGGAGAAGGAUCUGCUUUGAUAACUGCUGGUGCAUCUGAUCCUGUUCUUAGGAUUUGGGACCCUCGUAAGCCAGGCACUUCUGCUCCAAUUUUUCAAUUUGCUUCUCAUACUUCUUGGAUUUCAGCUUGCAAAUGGCAUGAUAAUUCUUGGUUUCAUUUACUUUCUGCAUCUUAUGAUGGGAAAGUUAUGUUGUGGGAUUUGAGAACUGCGUGGCCACUUUCUAUUAUUGAAUCACAUGGUGACAAGGUGCUAUGUGCUGAUUGGUGGAAAAGUGAGAGUGUUAUCAGCGGGGGAGCAGACUCAAAAGUCUGCAUUUCUUCUGAAAUUUCAGUACAAUAAUCCAAUGGUUUUGGAAUAAUGUGUGGAAGGAUUUCAACUUGAGCAACGUUGGACUGUACGAGGAACAGGACGACGAAUUUUUGCGGGGACAAAUAGUUCUUAGGCACAUUAAUACUGUUAUAUUGCGAGUUUGGAUCAAAGGAUGUAAGCUUAUUUUUCCGAGGACCAAUUGUAAAAAAUUAUUUUUUAUAAUUGUUUAAUUUGCUUGUAAAAUUUGUUAAUUUAUCGAGGGUUAAUGUUAGAGCGAUAAAUAAUUACGGAAAAGAAUAAAUAAAGGACAAGGCAUCUAUUGAAUAA